AUGAUUUCAGAGUUGAGUUUAUCCAGUAUUGGUCAUCACGAAGAACCAUCAUAUGGCAUCAACCCAUAUCAUCCACUAAGGCGUCUUUGGGAAUAUAUUAUGUAUUAUUCUUCAUUUAUUGUUCUUUGGGAAAUUCCUUUUGAAUGGACAUUCAAUUUCCAAGGAAAACUCAGAUGGGUUAUUCCAUCAUUAGUUGUAGACUCAUUUUUCCUUGCAGAUAUAUUCAUUGUAUUAAAAACUGGCGUUUUACAUCGAGGAGUUAUUAAAAAUGACAAAGAUUCAAUAUCUCAAACAAUUCCUUUAUGGAGAAAGAUAAUUUACUGGAUUUGCCCAAUUCCAUUUUAUUUAAUUGGCUAUUUUGCAAAAAAUCAUGUUUUAUACAACGUUUUACUUCUUCUCAAAGUCUUAAGAUUCUUCAGAUUGUACGAUGCUAAUUAUGUAAUCAAAAACACUCUUGUCUACAUCUCACCAUUUUCUAAAAUUUCUCGAUUAUUUACAACAUUAAUCACAAUCAUUCACAUUUGUGCUUGUGCAUUCUGGUAUACAGGUCACGUUGAAAUUCCAAAUCGUUCAUGGCUUACAGAAACCUUUAUGGUUGAAAAACCAAAAUUAAUUCAAUAUUUUCAUACUGUUUACUACAUUUCCACCACAGUUCUUACGAUUGGCUACGGAGAUCUUCAUCCAUACACAUUCCCAGAGGUCUGUGUAGUCAUUUGCGUUGAAAUUGUUGGUGUAUUCUUUUAUAAUUUUUUAGUUUCAACGAUGGUUUCCAUUGUAGCCGAUCCUUCACGCAAUUCCUUCCUCAACAAGUACAUGAGGAUCUCUUCCGUGUUCAAAUACCGCAGAAUCUCCGAGAGUUCGAUGGAAGAAUUAUUAAGAUACUACGAAUACGUCUGGGAAAUGGAUAGAGACAGAGCGGACUUCUUCGAAACAGCUGAGAAGAUGCCAAUAGCCCUCCAAAAGAAACUGGCUCUGGCUCUUCACGCCGAUGUAUUUGAAAAAGUGGAAAUUUUCAAAAAUGCCGAUGAAGAAGUGCUUCAAAGCAUCGCAAUGGCACUGAGACCGAGAGUUUUCACACCAGGAGAUUUCUUAAUUAAGGCUGGAAGAGUGGCUACAAGAAUGUACUUCGUAACUGAAGGAAAAGUUGAUUUGAUUUCGCCAUCUGGAAGUUUAUUGAGAGUAAAUGACGGUUACAGCGGUUUUGUACUUGGUGAAACAUCUGUUGUUGGUGGAGACGUGGUCGAAUCAUCUGCAAUUGCUGAAACAUACGUGGAAGCGUUCGAAUUAACAAAAGAUGACUUUGAUGAGAUAGCUGAAGAACAUCCACAACUUGUGAAUGGUAUAACAAGUUAUGUUUCAAGUAGAAAGGAUCGUAACAAAGGUGAAGAACCAAAUAAUUCCAAAUAA